AUGGCGGACAGCGAUGCACCGAUUCUACCCUUGCCGCCAGAAGUGGCAAAAAAGGUUCAGUCGUCCGUCAAGAUCACAAACCUUAACGGGGUCAUCGUGGAGUUGACCAAAAAUGCAUUGGAUGCGGGUGCUGGCACAGUCAGUAUUGUCGUUGAUUACAGAAGAGGCGGCUCUAUUGUAGAGGAUGAUGGCUACGGUUUACCAGCAGCGGAGUUUAGAGAUGGGAGUGGGCUCUGUCGACCUCAUCAUACCUCGAAGGCAGGCAGACAGUCAGUAUCCAGCUGUAAAGGACAAUUCCUAGCCGCGCUGGCUACCAUAUCUCUAUUGACGAUUAGUUCACGGCAUUGUGGUCAUCCUGAAACUAAUUCAGUGAUCUUUCACGAGUCCAAAGUCAUCUCUCGCGUCGUUCCUGCGCCCACACAUCAGGAAAUACGAGGAGGGCACGGUACUAGAGUUACUGUGAAUAAUCUUUUUGGCAAUAUGCCUGUCCGCGUUAAACACAGAGCUUCAUCUCUUCGCAGGACCGAAGAUGUUGACAAGGAGUGGGAGGAAUUGACAAGAAUGCUGGUAGCGCUAGCCUUGUCAAAUGCGAAUCUCCAGAAACUGCGAUUGUCUGAUAAAGAGAAAUCUCGAUCUCUAAGCCUUCGUAUACCGCACAGAACGACCGAGUCGCCAACUUCAGAACCUCAGAACUCAGAUCUGCUUCGCCUCAAUACUGUGCUCGCCCAGAGUGGCUUGAUUUCAGGCACCAGCGUUGAUGAAUGGGUCAGAAUGUCAGCAAGUACAUUAGAUGUUUCUGUCAACGCAUACGUCUCACUUCGCACGAGCCCAACAAGAUUAAAUCAAUUCAUAUCCCUGGGCAUCAACCCGGUCUUCAAUGAACACAAAAGCGCCAAUGUCUUGUACGACACAAUCAACCAGGUUUUUACAGGAUCCGAUUUUGGAAGUGAAUCAGCCAUGUCAGGAAGUCGGGAAAGUAGACUUCAUGGGACUACACGGGGCGCCAGACGAUGGCCCAUGUUCUGCGUGCGAAUUGAUGUCAAAAGUUCUCUGGAAACCUUCCCACAAGUAGAGACUAUAAUAGAAUCGGACCGUGCUUUACAACAUAUCAUUGAAGUUUUACGCGCCAUGUUCUAUCGGUUUCUGCAACAACAUCACUACCGUCCUCGAAAAAGAAAAAGGGUUGAAAGCGACACUCCAUCAACAUCGCAUUCACGUGACACCCCUACUGUAUCAGCAGCUAGUAAUGUUUUACGGGAUAGAGGUCUUCUGUCCAUGUCUUCCAUGCAAGGUAUAGAGGCGAAGAGUAUGGCUGAAGCAUUUGACAGUGGUGUCAAGAUUCCUACCGCUUCUAAGAAUCGGUCCUCUCAAUAUUUUAACGAUUUCACGAACUGGUCGAGGGUUAAAAGUGGUGACAACAAAGCUGUUAAGGAAUUACUGGUAUGCCGGCCCAGAGAUGCUAGUUGUCCACACAAUGGGACGCCCAUGUCACAAUUUGAAGCGGCAAGUCCUUCUCUCGCGUCAUUACAAAUAGAAGAACAGGCAUUUGAGCAGUUGAAUUCCUCUUCACACACGACACAAGGCGCAGGAGAUGACCUGAUUCGAUGGAUCGACCCGGUCACUAACAAGGUUGUACUCGUCAAUUCACGCACAGGACAAUGUGUCGAAACUCAUGAGAACGACAGGCCAAACACGUCCAUGGGCUUUAUGCGGCCUCGAUCGGCAGCCUCUAUGCUGAGCCGUGUGAGGGAACCCAUCAAACGUCCGCAGACCGUUCCGGCGCAAGGACGAUCGCCCUGGUUCGAAAACCUUGUGACCAACUGUAUCAAUCCAGUUUUUUCGUGUCUUGAAAAGCCAAUCAUGUCAAUUGAAAGCGAAAGUGUGUUUGACAACUUGUCUCGAUGCAACGAUGCACAAAAAAAGUCACAUCAUGACUUGACUGCAACAGAACCGGUAGGAAGCAACAGGCACAAUAAUAAGAUUUCGCGAGAGGGACUUGCUAGAGCGACAAUUAUUGCUCAAGUCGACCACAAGUUCAUCUUGGUGAAAAUGACACCAGCAAGCGAAAAUCGUGCUGACGACACAUCCAACCGAAUCCUUGUUCUUAUCGACCAACACGCUGCUGAUGAAAGAUGUCGACUGGAGCAUUUGCUCUUUGACAUGUUUACACUUGAUGGAGAGUCAGGGGUAUUAUCCAUACGCACGCAUCCAUUCCCCACGCUCAUACAGUGCCCGAUUCAAGAGGACGAGGUAGCUUCGCUUACGAAGUACACAAGGUAUUUUGAAUCCUGGGGCUGCCAUUACAAAGUGCAGCAAGAGCUUGUCGAUGGAAAAAGACAGCACUCGAUCAUAAUCGAGGCGUUGCCGCUGGUGAUCGCCGAACGCUGCAGAUUGGAACCAAAGCUAUUCAUACAACUCAUAAGGAAGGAGAUAUGGAGCAGAGCAGGCGAGCGGAUUCCACCAUUACGGCAAAACACGAGCAUGGCUACUUCGAUAUCCAAACCCGAAAAUCGAUCUUUUCCCUGGCUGCGGUGGAUAGCAGGUUGCCCAGAAGGAAUCCUUGAGCUUAUCAACUCGCGCGCCUGUCGAAGCUCAAUCAUGUUCAAUGACCCUCUACCCAUCGAGGAAUGUCAAAACCUCAUAUCUCGACUUUCGAAAUGCGCAUUUCCGUUCCAAUGUGCUCAUGGUCGACCAACUAUGAUCCCGAUUGUGGAUGAGAGUCGUCAUCUUUCGAGUUCGUCAGCUUUGUCGAUGAGAGAUGAGAGUGUUGUUGAUCACAAUUCCCCAGAGAGACAAAUGGGGUUUGUGGAGGCGUUCAAGAAGUGGGAACGCACAUGA